CGAGCCCUGUGUGCAGCAGUGGAAUGGUUCGCUCAGCAUCCUGCAUCCUCAGCAUGGCUGCAUUACUCUUACUGACAGCCCCCCUCCUCCAGCUCUGCACCGGACACCAAGGACCUUCAGAUCUCCCUGGCAAGAUCGCUGUGGUAGGUGCAGGUGUUGGGGGAUCCGCUGUAACCUACUUUCUACAGCAGCAAUUUGGCCCCCAGGUGCAGAUUGAUGUGUAUGAAGCGGAUCGUAUUGGGGGUCGAUUGGCCACCCUGACUGUAAAUAAUCAGCUGUAUGAGUCAGGAAGUCCAUCAAUCCAUUCACUGAAUCUCCACAUGCAGGACUUUGUUAAACUUCUGGGACUCAGACACCGGAGGGACGUAGCUGGUAAGAGCGCCAUAUUCAAUGGUGAUCAACUAGUUCUGGAGGAGACAGACUGGUAUCUCCUAAAUCUUUUUCGUCUGUGGUGGCACUAUGGCAUCAGCUUUCUGAGGCUGCAGAUGUGGGUUGAGGAAGUCAUGGAAAAGUUCAUGAGGAUUUAUAAGUACCAGGCACAUGAAUAUGCAUUCUCCAGUAUAGAGGAGCUGUUGCGCUCACUGGGAGGAGAGCAUUUUGUGAAUAUGACGCAGAAAUCUGUUGCAGAAUCUUUAUUGGGAGUUGGAGUGACACAGCGCUUCAUUGACGAUGUCAUCAGUGCAGUGAUUAAAGCCAAUUAUGGACAAUCAGUUGCCAUCCCAGCACUAGUGGGGGCCAUGUCUUUGGCUGGAGCUCAGGGGAACAUGUGGGCCGUGGAAGGAGGUAAUAAGUUGGUUUGUUCAGGACUGCUGAAAAUGACCAAAGCCAAUGUACUCCAUGCAAAGGUGAAGGCAAUCUCUCUGCACAGCUCAGAGAAGAAACCCCUUUAUGAAGUCCUUUAUGAUCAAGAGGGGGCCCUUGGUUCAGAAUUCUAUGAUCUUGUGAUUGUGGCUGCUCCUCUCCACAAGACUGGAUACGCUAUCUCAUUUCGUAAUUUUCAGCCUCCUCUCCAGCCCCCCAUAGAUUCCUACCAUCGUGUUGUGUCAUCCAUUGUUCAUGGCUACCUCAAUUCAUCUUAUUUUGGCUUCACCGACCCAAAGCUUUUUCCAUUCUCCAGCAUUCUUUCCACGGACAGCCCAGACUCGUUCUAUCACAGCCUAGAAAAUCUGUGCCCCAUCAACGUCACUGUUGGUUUUCGAAGGAAGCCCCCACAGGAAGCUGCAGUCUGGAGAGUGCUGUCACCACGACCUCUGGAAAGACGGGAACUAAAAACUCUUUUUAAGUCCUACUACUCAGUUCAGGUAGUAGAAUGGCAGGCGUUCCCCAGCUAUGGAUCCGCAGGCUCUUCACGGACUUUGCCUCCCAUUAUUCUUCAUGACGGCCUUUAUUACUCAAGUGGUGUUGAGUGGGCUGCUACCUCUGUGGAAAUGAGUGCUGUGGCUGCUAAAAAUGUGGCCUUGUUAGCAUUCAAUCGUUGGUUUGAACUAACCGAAAAAAUAGACCAGCAAGAUUUGUUACAUAAACUAAAAACUGAAUUGUAAGAAUAGAUUUCCUUUGUGGUGUUCAUGUCCAUAAUAGAGUAUUAAGGCACAUUAAGGCUAACACUGGAAUAGACACAGCAUCAAGCACAUAUCUCGCCACUUUAAUUACUGUAUAGAAGAACAACGUUGAUUACACUGAAACUGGAUCAGGGAAAUGGAAAUCUUCAAAAGUGUAUUUUGAUUACUCUACAUGCAGCUCAUUUAAAAUGAACAACCCAUCU